UGCUCAGGGGCCAGUCACUGACUACCGAUGCUUGCUAACUACGAAGACGUAGAAUGCAAAUCGAGGUUCUUGAGUAUAAGAGAACCAGUUCCCAGCGCAAAAAGUAAAAGGCAUCAGCUUCGAUCUCGUCUACUUCAACACUCUCGCUUUCAGCAACCAAAAACACUUACUUUCGCUACUACUCUACUCGACUUUUCAGUCUCAAGUCUUUCGUUUGUGCAGAGCACUUACCUUCUUUACUAUCCAUAUCGAUCACAUAUCGUAUCCAUCCGAUACCAACUUUCAACUUACUUAAUCAAUCUCGAACCAACAAAUAAUCGUCAACAUGAAGUUCUACGCUGCUCAGGUUCUCGCUUUGGCCAGCAUCGCCAGCGCUCUUCCUCGCCCCAACUACGGCACUGGAUCUUACACUCAGCCAAGUGCUCCUCUCUCUACCGGUGUCUCUGGUCCUAGCUACGGAUCUGGUGGCGCUAGCUCAGGCCCCAGCUACGGCUCUGGCUCUGGCUCUUCUGGCUCUUCUGGCGACAAGACCCCCAGCUCUGGCAAGGGAGGCCUCAACCUUCCUGGUCUCGGCGGAGGUGCCGGUCUCCCCGGUCUCGGUGGCUCUGCAGGAGGAAAGGGAGGUCUUGGCGGCAUGCUCGGUGGCCUCACGGGUGCCGGCUCUGGCAAGCUCCCUGGUCUCUCCGGCGGCCUCGACAUCCCCGGCCUCAGCGGUUCAGGCGGUGCCAAGGGAGGACUUCCCGGUCUCAGCGGAGGUGCCGGUCUUCCCGGACUCGGUGGCUCUGGCAAGGGAGGUCUCAACCUUCCCGGUGUCGGCGGAGGUGCUGGUCUUCCCGGUCUCGGUGGCUCUGGCAAGGGAGGUCUAGGUGGCCUCGGUGGCCUCAUGGGCGGAAUCGGAGGUGGCGCUAACGGCGGAGCAUCUGGCGGUGCUCACGGAGGUGUUGGUGCCGGCGUAGGAGGUGGAGCAUCUGGCAACGCUGGUGCUGGCGUUGGCGGCUCAGUCGGCGGUGGUGCUCACGGAGGAGCUGGCGCCGGUGUCGGUGGUGGUGCUGGCGUCGGCGGCUCAGUCGGCGGUGGUGCUCACGGAGGAGCUGGUGCCGGUGUCGGUGGUGGUGCUGGUGUCGGUGGCUCAGUCGGUGGCGGUGCCAACGGUGGCGUCGGUGGUGGUGUCGGUGGUAACGCUGGUGCUGGUGUCGGUGGUGCUGUUGGUGGUGGUGCCAACGGAGGAGUAGGAGCUGGUGUCGGUGGCCAUGCUGGUGCCGGUGUCGGUGGCUCAGUCGGUGGCGGUGCCAACGGUGGCGUCGGUGCUGGUGUUGGCGGAAACGCUGGUGCUGGUGCUGGUGUUGGCGGCUCUGUCGGCGGUGGUGCUGGCGUUGGUGGCCACGCUGGAGCUGGUGCUGGUGUCGGUGGUGGUGCUGGUGUUGGUGGCUCCGUUGGUGGAGGCGCUGGUGUCGGUGGCCACGCUGGUGCUGGUGUUGGAGGCUCAGGCUCUGUCGGUGGUGGUGCUGGUGCCGGUGUUGGAGGCUCUGUCGGUGGCGGUGCCGGUGUAGGUGGCCACGCUGGAACUGGAGCUGGUGUUGGCGGCUCAGUUGGCGGCGGUGCUGGUGUCGGUGGCUCAGUUGGCGGUGGCGCUGGUGUUGGUGGCCACGCUGGUGCCGGUGUUGGAGGCUCAGGCUCUGUCAGCGGAGGUGCUGGAGCUGGUGUCGGCGGUCACGCUGGUGCCGGUGCUGGUGCCGGUGCUGGAGCUGGAGGAAACGCUGGUGCUGGUGCUGGAGCUGGUGCCGGCGCUGGAGGCAACGGAACCUACGAUGCUUAAACUGCUUCAGUUGAAGCAGCAUGGACGCUUUAUUAUUUGGACCCUGGAUUAGACGACUGUCAAGAUUCGAGAUACGACUUUUAAUUUAAUUUUUUCAAAAGACUCUUCGCUU